AUGGCUGACCCAGAGAGUCAACACAAUAUAUAUUUAACAAAACUGUGUCGAAUUUGUCAGGAGCAUACUGGUAAGGUCCUAAGAAAUGCCUUAUCCGUCAAAAAAUUUUCUGAAAGAAUUGAAAAAGCCUUUAGAAUAGACCUAAAAGGGGACAUUCCAACAUUACACCCUAGAAAAAUUUCUUUAAAAUGCUACUCUUUAAUGAAAAAUGUGGAAACCAAAAAUACAACACCCAUAUUAAAUGUGAAAUCAUGGUUUCCACAUAAUUCAAGUGACUGUGUCACAUUUGCUAAUUGGGGUCUAUUAAAUCAAGAGGUGGAAAAAAAACCAAAUCUAAAAGUGUGGGAAGACCACCGAAAGAUGGUAGUAUGUGGACACGACACAUGA